AAAAUAUCCUAUGAUCUAGCCACACUGCCGAGACGCUUGUUUAGUUUGGUUUAGUUGUUUACGGGCAAACGUAGUAAAUAAAAAACAGAAUGCAUCCAAAUAUUCGUAGAAAGCCUAAAUUACUUGUCUUCGAUUACGAUUACAUAUUGUGGCCAUUUUCGUUCGACAAAGACGUGGCUAAAUUUAUUUCUCGAGAAAAUGAUGGCUCUAUAGUAGACAAUGACGGCAAAGAAUUAAAAUGUUACGAGCAAGUACCGGAAAUUUUAGAAAAUUUGACCAAAGAAGGCUUCAAAAUUGCCAUCGCCUCCGAGAUUAAAGAAGUAUUGCAAGCAAAUGAAUUAAUUAGAUUAUUAGAAUGGGAUAAAUUUAUCACGUAUAGACAACCGGGUCUGUCAAUCCCGCUUGUGCGACUUUUUUGGUUCAGAAAUGAAAAAGGAAUUCAUUUUGAUGACAUGAUUUUUUUUUAUGCUAAACCUUUCGAUGCAAGUGAAAUUAUAAGCUUCUGUUUAGGUUUAACGGUAAUUUUAGUUGAAAAUGGCCUGAACAACGAUCUUAUAGAAAAUGCCCUAGAAAAAUUUGGAUAUCCUGACGAUGAUGAUGAUGAUGAUGAAGAUGAAGAUAAAGAUGAAGAUGAACCAAACCGAUAAAAAAUUUUAUUCUUUCAAAAAAUCUUAUUUCGUCGAGUUCUGAAUCGUAGAAUCCCCGAUGAAGAUGAUGAACAGCUAUUAUUAUAGACAGCAAUUAAAAUAGAUAGGGCUGUACAUCUAAACCGGCUUAACCGGUUAAAAAAGUUAAUCAGGUUAAUUAGCUGGCUAGCUCGUCAGCUUAGCUAACUUAACCGGUUAACUUCAUUAGCUUGGCUAAGCAGCCAAAGGCUUAACCGGUUAACUCAAAUUAGCUAGGCUAAUUAGCUGAGGGUUUAACCGGUUAAAUGGUUAAUUUUUUUUAUCAUCUAUUCGCUACCUCAUCUUUAAAAAUAUAUAGAAAAUAUCAUAUUUAUUUAAUUUUAGACCGAAAAAGCUAUAACAAAAAAUUUAUACUAUUAGUUCAAAAAAAAAUUCAUUUCAAUUUUGAAAAUGAUUUAAUUAAAAAUAUAUAUCGCGUUACUUAUGCCAAAAGGGCGUAUAAAAAAAUCUUUUUUUCUGAUCAACUUGGGAACGUUUUUUUCAUUUAAUUUAAUAAUUUUUUCCAAUUGAUCGAAUUGUUAAGUCAUUUGUUUUACUGUUCUCUUGAUUUUUUUUCGCUAAGAAUUAAUAAUAAUUGAAAAGAACAAAAAUGAUACGCCCUUUUGACUUUCAAAUUUUUUUUCGUUUUUUUCUAGAUAGUUUUUCGUUGUAACAUUUCCAAGUUUAUCCGAAAAAAGAAGAUUUUUUAAUACGCCUUUGUGGUUUUACAGAGCCAAAAACUCGUAUAUUUUGAGAUGCUCUUUUUUGGCAUUAGUAACGCGAUAUAUUUUUAAUUAAAUAAUUUUCAAAAUUGAAAUGAAUUUUUUUUUAACUGAUAGUAUAAAUUUUUUGUUAUAGCUUUUUCGGUCUAUAAUUAAAUAAAUAUGAUAUUUUCUAUAUAUUUUCUAAGAUAAGGUAGCGAAUAGAUGAUAAAAAAAAAUUAACCAUUUAACCGGUUAAACCCUCAGCUAAUUAGCCUAGCUAAUUUGAGUUAACCGGUGAAGCCGUUGGCUGCUUAGCCAAGCUAAUGAAGUUAACCGGUUAAAUUAGCUAAGCUGAUGAGCUAGCCAGCUAAUUAACCUGGUUAAAUUUUUUAACCGGUUAAGCCGGUUUAGAUGUACAACCCUAAUAAUAGAUAUAAAUGAAUUAAUUUUUUCAUUUGGAGUAAUUUUGUAGCUCGAAUCAAGUGAAAAGUAUUCGAAUUUAAGUAAUUAUUAAUUAACGUUGUUUUAACGUGUAUGACGCAAUGUUAUAAAAUAUG